CCUCCGCUUGCGUAAUCACGUAGCCCUUCGCCGCAGUGGGACAAAAUAGUCCCUGCGUUUGUCCGAAAGUGUCAGGGUUAAUGUUUCGUUUUUCUCCUCACCGGGACAAUUGCGGUGUUACCGCGCUCAGAGUCGCCGCCCGUGGGGAGGAGGCGGGGAGAUUCGGUGACGAGAGAGAAAGGACGGCGGACCAAAGUGCUGCGGAGGGAUUUCCGCCCGGCCGUGAGGCGUCCGAGUGUGAAGAGUGAAGGCGACUGAGAGGGGCUGGAGGGGACUGUCCUCUGUGCCAGGGGCUUUCGUUAGGCCCCGGGCCCUGCCUGCCCGUGUCGUCAGCAGAGCGAUGGAAAGCUUGAUGGCCACUUCCACCCUGCCGCCCCUCUUUGCAGACGAAGAUGGCGCCAAGGAGAGCAGCGACCUGCCUGCAGCUGGGUUAGCCCACCCAGAGGCCCCUUAUGGCAGUGGAGCUACAUCAUCCACCAACAAUCCAGAAUUGGUGGAGGACCUCUCCCAAGGUCAGUUGCUACAGAAUGAGGCCUCAAACGCAGCAGAAGGCACUGAGCAGAGGCAUGAAGAUGAGCAAAGAAGUAAACGAGGAGGUUGGUCCAAAGGAAGAAAGCGGAAGAAACCUCUUCGAGACAGCAAUGCACCCAAAUCCCCCCUUACAGGAUAUGUUCGGUUCAUGAAUGAACGGCGAGAGCAGCUUCGAGCAAAGAGACCGGAAGUCCCGUUUCCGGAAAUCACGAGGAUGUUAGGCAACGAAUGGAGCAAACUGCCUCCUGAGGAAAAGCAGCGUUACCUUGAUGAAGCAGACAGAGAUAAGGAGCGGUACAUGAAGGAACUGGAGCAGUACCAGAAGACAGAGGCCUACAAAGUUUUCAGCAGGAAAACCCAGGACCGUCAGAAAGGCAAAUCUCAUCGGCAAGAUGCAGCCCGGCAAGCCUCUCAUGACCAUGAGAAGGAAGCGGAGGUGAAGGAACGCUCUGUUUUUGACAUCCCUAUCUUCACAGAAGAGUUCCUGAACCACAGCAAAGCUCGGGAGGCGGAGCUGCGCCAGCUGCGCAAGUCCAACAUGGAGUUCGAGGAGCGGAACGCGGCCCUGCAGAAGCACGUGGAGAGCAUGCGCACGGCGGUGGAGAAGCUGGAGGUGGACGUGAUCCAGGAGCGCAGCCGCAACACGGUCCUGCAGCAGCACCUGGAGACGCUGCGGCAGGUGCUGGCCAGCAGCUUUGCCAGCAUGCCGCUGCCCGGAAGUGGAGAGACUCCGACAGUGGACACCAUUGACUCCUAUAUGAACAGACUGCACAGUAUUAUUCUAGCCAAUCCCCAAGACAACGAAAACUUCAUAGCUACAGUCCGAGAAGUUGUGAACAGGCUUGAUCGUUAGGGAGUGGUCUCCACAGUCCCAGACGUUCUGUAAGUGUUCUACCUGCGAAGAGUGAGAAGCCACCCAUGGAAAUGUGAACUGAGUGGAGGCCGAGCAGACCUUUACCUAGGAAAGAACUGUCCGUGGACCGUCUCCUCCCCAGCAGCAUCUGGGCGGGCAGCUGGAGAGCCCUGUGCAUGAACCUCCUGUGGACCCCUCACAUGGGGGCCACACCCCGCCUCAGAGUGUGGCCAGCUCCUCCCGUCUCCAGGCUCCUGUCGUUUGUGUUCUGUUAGUGGGUCUCCCGCAGGGGGGACCCUGAGACCCACAUCUACAGCAGGAAGACAGACCUCCCACGUUGCAGUUCCCGUUGGACCCUCUGGUUGGCCAGCGCGGGUUUUCCUACCUAGCUGUCCCUUUUGUUAAUGCCAUGGAGGGGAGGGGUGCGCCUUCCUUUCCCCCACCCCCCAGGUUAUCCAGCUCCAUGCGCUGACCUCUGGGCUCUGCCGCUCCGCAGGGUUCUGGAGGAGGGUUCUCUUCUUGGCUGGGCGGGGUCAUCUCCCAUCGGGGCCCUGCUGUGACUCCAAAGAAAGGAACUCCUGCUGACUGUGUCGUGUGGGGCGCAGCUGAGUUCCCACCCACAGCCCGGAGGGGACGCGCCCUCUCCUCCCCAUGCUGCCUACUGUUCUCAAGCACUGCUCCCACACAGGCCCCAGGCCCCGCCCCAGCAAGGCUCUUGUCCACACCUGCGGCCUGUGUCUUGUGGGGCGCUUUGCUGAGGAAAAGGCCAUCAGCCAGCGGGAGAAGGGAGAGGAGUUCCUCCCUUGGUAUUGCAGAAGAGCCCAGCGUCUCUCCCGGUGGACGGAGUCCCCGUCGUCUUUGGCGUGGAUUUGGACGGGAGGACAGUCGGCCGCAGCAGUCUCGGGGCCUGACCCAAGGGGCACGGAGGAGCUCGGGCCCUCGUCCUCCUGCAGCCCUUCAUCCACGUCGGAGUGAGAGGACAGGCCUCCUCCUUCCCCCUCCUGCCCAAGGGGGUGGAGGUCCUGCUUCCCCCAGGGCUUUGUCCUUCUCUGAUGCUUGGGAGCACAAGGCCGCGGUGGCAGCUGAGAUCUGGGAGUGAGGCUGAGCCGCCGGGCCAGCCGGACGCUCCCCACCGUGGGGCCGCCUUCCCUUAGGCUCCUCCCCUGGUGUGGUUAUCCGUGCAGAGGAGCGCAGCAGCCCCAGCCUCGUGUGUGAGCACAGACCAGGUGUCCACGCUGACGCCCCCGUGGCAUCCCUUGGCAGUUGAUCCGAGUCAAGGCCCCACUGUGAUCUGCCAUUGACCUGGGCGGCUCUCCCAGCUCGCUGUGUUUGGUCUCAUCUGUUUCUGCCACUUCUCGUAGACGCCUGGCCUGCGACGUCCGUGCUGGAAUGCACUGUAACAGGACGUCCAAGCUGGUUCUGCAAGUCUGUGACUGCCUUCUGCCAGUGAUUCUCCUGCUUCCUCCCUUCCUCUCGUUUCUCCCAAGUGUGCAGUUCUGCGCAGCUUUGUCAGCACUGGUUUUGUGACCAGUAGAGGCUGUAGCUCGGCCCAGAGCUCGCCAUCUCCGGCUAGACAGCACACCGCAGCGACCGGGCACGUGCGCAUUCAGGAACGUGUGAGACCCCACAGUGUGGAAUGGCUUUCUCGAGAUGGGCCGCUUGCUGUGAAAACGCUGGCUCUCGCAGCAGCUGUGCCCUCGGCACUGGUGGCCGGGCCCCUCGGGCUCUGCAGAGCGGAUCUGCCGCGCCUCCAUCUGCACGCUCAGGAGGUGGGCGGGAGGGCCCGGGACUCGCUGCCCCCACCCCGCGUCACAGAUCUCCUUUUUCUCUAUUUAAAACACAAGGAGCAGCUGAGGAAGGGAGACAGUUUUUAUUUCUGACACAUUUUAGGACAUACAGUGGUGUCCGUGAGUUUGGGACUGCCAGGCUUUCCUGUAAAAGUGUUUUGUAACUGAACUUUUAAGUUUUCUUUGUUUUUUAAGAAGUUGAUAUGCUUGUCUGACAUUUGUCUCAUUAAAACUUUUCUAUGUGAGCUCA